AUGGCGUUCAAAUCCAAAGUGCCCGUGGGGUAUCGGUGGCGUUCUUCAAAUUGGUUCAUUAUCAGCUGUAUUGCGAUAGCUCUUUUUUCGGAGAACUUCCUAUACAGCUACAUCGUGCCCAUCUUGCAGGUGAUGCUGGAGCAGCGCUUGGGUAUCGAUGAAUCCGAGCUACAAGCGACUACCUCUCUCGUACUAACCGUCCAUGCCUUGGUUUGUCUCGUGGCUGGACCACUGACAGGCUGGUUGGCUGAUAAAGCGCCAAACCGAAGGCUACCCUUACUUCUUUCAUUGGGGGCCGAACUGGUAGGAACAGUGAUCAUCAUGCUAGCACCGAAUCUCCCCGUACUUCUUCUCGGACGCGCACUCCAAGCAAUAGGCGGAAAUACAGUAUGGAUUGUUGGCCUCGCUACUGUCGCCGAUACAGUCGGACAUGAGAACACGGGCAAGGUCCUUGGAGGAAUAUCAUCGUUUUUCGUCUCCGGAUUGCUUUUCGGUCCGAUGGCUGCGGGUACCUUUCUUCAAGUACUGGGAUACUGGUGGACUUGGAUGGUCCCUAUCCUGAUGCUGAUCAUUGAUAUGCUGAUGCGCGUGGUCAUGAUCGAGAAUAAGAAUGGCCACCGAUCUCCAACAAAGGAGUAUCUCUCUGACGAUACUCCUUCAAAUGAGAACAGCACACGAGGAAACAACGAUGAUCAUGUUCAUGAAGAUGCGGCUCUUCUAGAUAUUCCAUACCUGAAUCAUGAUACAUAUUAUGACGACGACGAAUCAUUACCGCCAAGAGAGGAGGCCCCGAAGAACAACAAAAAAUCACCAUUCACAUCCAAUAUCUAUACGAUGAUCUUGUCUGAUUCCCGAGCUGCUGGGGGACUAAUCUGUAAUUUCACACAAGCUGUGAUCUUGGUCGGUCUUGAUACUACUUUGCCUCUUCAUUGCAGCGAACAGUUUGGCUGGAACUCUGCCCGAGUCAGUCUGAUGUUCCUGCUGCUCCAGAUUCCGUCCCUUCUCCUGGGCUCUCUAACUGGCCUUUUGAAAGAUAAAGUUGGCACAAAAUUUCCCACUAGUGUGGGCUUCCUGACUGUCAGCGUUUUCCUUUGGAUGUUGGGUACGGCCAGCAGUGAUGGGCUGUCUAUUGUCGGGACUGGACAGAAGGGUCAGGCGAUAUAUAUGGUUGCUAUUGUCGGGAUUGGUAUAUCACGAACAUUUAUCAGCGGAUGUGGUACCAUUGAGAUCACCAACGUGAUGAAAGAAAUCUACGAAGAACACCCCGAACGCUUUGGAUCCUCGAGGAACUUUUCUUCUGGCUUUUCCAUGACCAACUUUUGCUGGACAGCAGGAAUGCUUGUUGGCCCUGUUCUAUCAGGAUUCCUCACCCGAUCAGUUGGGUACUACUAUAUGAAUUUGACUUGUGCGAUUAUAUCUGCUGCAGUUGGGAUGGUGGGAAUGACAUUUCUUCCAAGCAAAAAGAAACAGCCGAUCGCUUUACCCUGA